AUGCGCUCGCCCAUCUCUUUCCGUCCGUUUUGGUGUCUGUGCCUGACCAUUAGUACACACCUCUCGUUCCUAUUCAAAACCAACAGAUCAAAAGCCUCUACUAAAAAAAUCUCGGCGAAAUACGGGGACGAAUCCGUGUACUUUGACCUCGGCGACGUCGAAUCCACGACUGGCUCCUGGGACGUGUACGGCGUGGAAUCCACGGCGAGAUACCCGGACCAACAGGCUAAGUUUUUCGAAAACGCGGCGCAAGGUUUAGGCCGAAGAGAAGCGAUGUACUCCUUCUUGGCGUUGAGCGGCGGCGCGGCGUGCUUGGUCUUUGGCGGUAAGGGUUCCAAGGACGCGAAGUUACCGAUCACGAUUGGCCCGCAAAAGGAAGCGGUGAAGGGUCCGAGAGAUCGUCUUUAA